AGCCUCUCAGUUCAGAGGGAAAGCUUUUCUUCUCACAGCAGCAGCGGGGAUUUUCUGCCUGCACACGCUGGAUAUUCAUCCCAUUAAAAAACACACUCACGACUGAAAGCUGCGAGAGAAGGACACUUUCCUGGGUUGUGUAUCCCUCCCCGUCCCACCUCUCUGAUUUGGGCCGUCGUUGCUUUUCUUCCAUUUUUGUUUUUUUUUAUUUUUUUUCCCUCCUGACUGUCUCUGUGGCGCACUCAGGUUUCUUUUGCUGACAUGGUAGAUUAUCACGCUGCCAAUAAUCAACCCUCGGCCGGAGGGGUCCAGACCUACAUGGAGCAAGAGAAUGACUGGGACCGGGACCUGCUGCUGGACCCGGCCUGGGAGAAACAGCAGAGGAAGACAUUCACGGCAUGGUGUAACUCCCACCUGCGGAAGGCUGGCACGCAGAUCGAAAACAUCGAGGAGGACUUCAGGGAUGGGCUCAAGCUCAUGCUGCUGCUGGAGGUCAUCUCAGGCGAACGGUUACCCAAACCUGAGCGAGGCAAGAUGAGGGUCCACAAGAUCAACAACGUGAACAAAGCGCUGGACUUCAUCGCCAGCAAAGGAGUCAAACUGGUCUCCAUUGGAGCAGAGGAAAUCGUGGAUGGAAAUGCUAAGAUGACCCUGGGAAUGAUCUGGACCAUCAUCCUCCGCUUCGCCAUCCAGGACAUCUCUGUAGAAGAGACCUCUGCGAAGGAGGGUCUUCUGCUGUGGUGCCAGAGGAAGACCGCUCCCUACAAGAAUGUCAACGUGCAGAACUUCCACAUUAGCUGGAAGGACGGUCUCGCCUUCAACGCUCUGAUCCACAGACACAGACCUGAUCUCAUCGAUUACGACAGCCUCAGAAAGGAUGACCCGGUGACAAACCUGAACAACGCCUUUGAGGUGGCUGAGAAGCACCUGGAUAUCCCCAAGAUGUUGGACGCAGAAGACAUUGUGAACACUGCUCGUCCAGAUGAGAAAGCCAUUAUGACUUAUGUGUCCAGUUUCUACCAUGCCUUCUCUGGAGCACAGAAGGCUGAGACAGCUGCAAAUCGUAUCUGCAAAGUGCUGGCUGUCAACCAGGAGAAUGAGCAGAUGAUGGAGGACUACGAAAAACUGGCCAGCGAUCUGCUGGAGUGGAUCCGUCGAACCAUCCCCUGGCUGGAGAACCGAACCCAGGAAAAGACCGUGAAUGACAUGCAGGCGAAACAGGAGGACUUCAGAGACUACCGCUGUGUCCACAAACCGCCCAAGGUCCAAGAGAAAUGCCAGCUGGAGAUCAGCUUCAACACUCUGCAGACUAAACUGAGACUCAGCAACAGACCCGCCUUCAUGCCAUCAGAAGGACGCAUGGUGUCUGAUAUCAAUGGAGCGUGGCACACUCUGGAAGGAGCAGAAAAAGGCUACGAGGAGUGGAUUCUCAGUGAGAUCAGACGUCUGGAGAGACUGGAACAUUUGGCCGAGAAGUUCCACCAGAAGGCUGCCAUCCAUGAAUCCUGGACAGAUGGUAAGGAGGCCAUGCUGACCCAGAAAGACUAUGAGACCUCCACCCUGUCAGAAGUGAAGGCGUUGCUACGGAAACACGAGGCCUUUGAGAGCGACCUGGCAGCCCAUCAGGACAGAGUGGAGCAGAUCGCCGCCAUCGCACAGGAACUCAACGAACUGGAUUACUACGACUCAGCCAGUGUCAACGCUCGCUGUCAGAAGAUCUGUGAUCAGUGGGACGUCCUGGGAGCCCUCACCCAGAGCCGCAAAGAGUCACUGGAGAGGACAGAGAAGCAGCUGGAGUCAAUAGACGAGCUUUACCUGGAGUACGCCAAGAGAGCGGCGCCCUUCAACAACUGGAUGGAGGGAGCGAUGGAGGACCUGCAGGACAUGUUCAUCGUCCACAAUAUUGAGGAGAUCCAGGGUCUCAUCACAGCCCAUGAGCAGUUCAAGUCCACCCUGGCAGAGGCCAACAAAGAGCGAGAGGCCAUCCAGUCCAUCCAGGCCGAGGUGCAGAAGAUCGCCCAUAGCAACGGCAUCAAGCUGAGUGGAGGAAACCCCUACACCACCAUCACACCUGAGAGCAUCGACAGCAAAUGGGAGAAGGCGAUGGACAUGGUGCCGCAGCGUGAUAACGCCCUGCAGGAUGAGCUCAACAAGCAGAAUUCCAACGACACUCUGAGAGCCAAGUUCGCUACUCAGGCCAACACAGUCGGCGCCUAUAUACAGGCCAAAAUGGAGGAAAUUGGCAGGAUAUCCAUUGAAAUGAACGGCACUCUGGAGGACCAGCUCACCAGCCUGAAGGAGUACCAGCAGAACAUCAUGUCUUACAUGCCUGAGAUUAAUACACUGGAGGGAUACCAUCAGCUCAUCCAGGAGGCCCUCAUCUUUGACAACCAAUAUACUUCCUACACAAUGGAGCACCUCCGUGUGGGUUGGGAGCAGCUGCUCACCACCAUCGCCAGAACCAUCAACGAGGUUGAGAACCAGAUCCUGACACGUGACGCCAAAGGCAUCAGCCAAGAGCAGCUUUAUGAGUACCGCGCCUCCUUCAACCACUUUGACAAGGACCACAGCGGGGCCCUGCAGGCCGAGGAGUUCAAGGCCUGUUUGAUCAGUCUGGGCUACGAUGUGGAGAACGACAAGCAGAAGCGGUCAGGACAGAUGGUCUCAGAUGAUUUCCGGGCUCUACUCAUUUCAACAGGAAACAGCCUGGGCGACAGUGAGUUCGCUCGCAUCAUGGGCAUAGUGGACCCCAACGGCAGCGGUGCCGUCACCUUCCAGGCCUUCAUUGACUUCAUGUCCAGGGAAACGACCGACACAGACACCGCAGACCAGGUCAUCGCCUCCUUCAAGAUCCUGGCCGCUGAUAAGAAUUUCAUCACGGCCGAAGAGCUGAGGAGGGAGCUCCCCCCUGACCAGGCGGAGUACUGCAUCGCCCGCAUGGCACCCUACACGGGACCAGACGCCGCCCCCGGAGCUCUCGACUACAUGUCCUUCUCCACCGCUCUGUACGGAGAGAGCGACCUGUAGAGGAGGCAAGAGGAAGAGGAGGGCUGGACAAACAAGGGAGGGAAGGAGGGAGGGAGAGAAGGAAGAGAGGAGGGAGGUAGAGAGUUACUCUGUGCGUAGGGAAGACGCCAGGAAUCAAGCGUUUGGAAGAAUUUGAGUGG